AUGGAAUUCAACACCAUCGCACCUGUUGAACGGUAUCGCCACCCUUCUUUAGCAAGCGAUUCAAACAUUUAUGCGAACGACUUCAACAUCACAGCACAACAACUACAACUACAUCCUGAAUCCCCUGCGCCACCCUUCGAAGUCCCUGCGCAACACUUUCAGGUGAUCACGUCACUGAUUGACUCCUUCAGCAUCCUAGCUGCCACCGUACCAGAAUCGGAACAAGACCCUCUCAUCGAGCAUCAGAUCCACGAAUCCCUCCAGCCUUCUAGGCGUCAGGUGCCCCUUACGCCGCCCGACGCCGAUGAAGUCGAUCGGGACCUACAUCACCCACCUGCCGCUGAUGACAGUAGCGAGGGGGAGGUGGCCGCCGCGCCCGUGAUUCGGUACGCCAGAAGGCCUCCUGUUUUGUCCAAGAGAAGGAGCAAGUCAAGAUUCUACUCGGUGAACAUGUCUCACUCGGCACUGGCAACUCGCGAUUCCAUACAGAGCCUCAGAUCUCGUACUGAAAGUGACGGCGUCGGAAUACUUGGUGUUGAAAGGCGGCAUGGUUCAAGUGCUAGCUCGACGUUCUCUAUCAUCAGCGGGCUAAGCGCUCCUCUUCGGAAACCGACCACGGAGUCAAUGCGCGACAAGGCUCUCUCGCCCCCAAUCCCUCCAAAGCGCCUUUCGUCAGAUAGACGGCGAAAGACAGAAUCACUAUACAGCACGGAUCAGGAGAAAGAGUAUAAAUAUCCUACGAGAACUUCGUCCAUCGAUGGCCGUGUGCCAAGUAGCCCCCAGCUGGAGCAGGCGACCGUCGAUAGUCCUACAGGAACUCCUCUGAGUCGGCUGAGCAGAGGUGACCUUGGAAAUCAUAUGAUCCCCUCGCGUCGUUCGUCCCUCAGACGCAGCGUCACCGGCCUUUCUGACACCUCUCAGGAGUCCAGUCGCUAUUCCGUGGCGGGUCGCAAUCUCAAGGACCUCAACAUAGACUCGGAAUUGAUCGAAGGUGAUAAUUCAACUGUCAGGAGGAUACGUGAGUUACAGGAAGCGAGGGAAAAGCGUCAGAAGGAAUGGCGGAACGAAGGUCGCAAAUCCGAGCGAGCCUCCAAAAGGCACACCAUAUCAACGCCCAAGGUCUCGCAGCGAUCAAGUCCAUAUGCUAGCUCAAGGCUCUCUAUGACGGAAGUUGUAGUUGAAUCUCCCGAGGUCGAAAGCCCUCUUGAGCUAUCCGCUUUUGUGACAGUGGCCGACCUGGCAAGAAUGCCUGCUUUGGUGCCCGAUGUUUCCGAGGUCGAGUCCCAAGGUCGACCUGCAGAUAUUACAGCCCAUCCUUCAGACAUGGCUAGCGCAACGCCCUCUCGAGGCAACAGUAUUGGCCAGAGUCCUGCGACUCAGCCGAGACGGAAAAACCCCCUCUAUUCUAGUAGGCAAGAACCUUCUCUCGCCGAGAUCCAGUCCAUAUCAGAUGAAGUCGACACGUUUCUCAGUGCCCCUCGACUUACCCAGAAGAUCCGGCACCCCCGAACCGGUCGAACGGUCGCUUUCUCAGAGGUGGGUGAUCCACAAGGGUUUGUAGUGUUGUGCUGCGUUGGUAUGGGCUUGACGCGGUAUCUCACGGCAUUUUACGACGAACUUGCCAGAACACUACGACUCAGGUUGAUCACGCCUGACCGACCCGGGGUUGGCGGAAGCUCGUCUGCUCCUGAAGCUGCAUGUACGCCAUUGAACUGGGUGGACGAUGUUGCCGUGAUCUGUACUUCUCUCGGAAUCACAAGAUUCUCACUUCUGGCACAUUCUGCGGGUGCCAUUUAUGCACUGGCGACUGCUUUGAAGAUGCCACAAUACGUCCGUGGACGGAUUCAUCUUCUGGCACCAUGGAUUCCACCUUCGCAAAUGCCAAAAGGGGCUUCACUAGGGCCGGACUCACAGCCUAUUGCUAACUUGCCUCUAUCCCACAAGAUCCUAAGCGUUCUGCCGCCAACAAUUCUCAAGGUGGCAAAUUCACGAUUCUUGACAGCGACGAGUGCAUCUGUCGACGCCAAACCGUUGAAGUCGGUUAGGAGGAAUAAGCAGUUGCAGGGUCUGGAGGUUUCUCUGGCCUAUCCAUUUGGUGACAUGCAUGCGGACAGUCCCUUCAGUAGGCCCAGCUCUGACAUACAUUACGAGCGUCCCCAAUCAGCAACUCAAAAUCGAAGGCGGAGCGUGCCAAGCUAUCAAGAAAACGGCGAGUCUCCGGCGGUACAGGCAACCGCUGCAGAGCCGUCAAGCCCUGGCUCUCAUCGUCAAACACAAGUGCAGAGCUCCCGACCCGCGGCGUCGCGUUUGACAUCCGAAGCUCGACGUGCCGUCUAUAACCAGACGCUUACGCAUCGCAUCUGGGCACUUGCCACACAAAAUGCCAAUCCUGCCAUCGACCUGGUUGUUUGUCUUGAAAGGCGGAAGCCCAUUGGCUUCCGAUAUCCCGAAGUGACCAGGUCAGUCGUCAUCCAUCACGGUGCAAGGGAUUCACGAGUCCCCUUGGACAACGUGCGUUGGCUACAAAGCGCGAUGAAGCGCUGCGAGUUGAGGGUCCUCGAUGGUGAAGGUCAUGGGCUGAUGGCUUCUGCAUCUACGAUGGCCACCGUGCUCGGCGAAAUCGCCAAGGAAUGGGAAGAGUGGGAGAAGAUUGCGAUGGACAAGGGCAAAAGGAGGAAAGAUGACGCUCCGCCGAAGUCCACAGGAAGCAGGUCAUGA